UGAAACGUAAACGUUGGAGAAAAUGUCGAAGAUGAAUAAACGCCUUCUUAGAGACAGAUUAGCUAAUUGGGAGUCACGGAACAACCCACUGACGACCUUGUCGGUAAAACAAAAGGACGUGUGCAUACAAUUAUCGUCAGUAGUGAAUGAGAGACGAAUUCCGACAGACCUGCCAGAGGAAGAUGGACAUUCUGUAAUAUCUCAUCAAACAAAAGAAAUAAGCCAAGACACAAGUCUAAGUGAAGAAUUCCAGAAAAAUGCUCCACCCGAAAAGGCUGAAACAGCACAAAUGUUUUUAUCCUGGUACUCUGAUUUGGAAAGAGACAUGGAGAAAGAAGAAGAAGCACCAUACAGACAUUAUAUAGAAGAGUUACAGGGGUACCAGGAUCAAUGUGACGGAGUACUAGGGGAGGUAACUACGGCCUUGACCUAUUUAGCAGGAUUACAGAAGCAGUAUAUUAGUGUAUCUACUAAGACCAAUGCACUUCAUGAUGCUUGUGAGCAUCUGCUGGCUGAACAGACAAGAUUGAUGAACACAGCUGAGAAUAUCAGUAAUAAACUCUCAUAUUACAACGAGUUGGACAGGAUCUCCAGUAAAUUGGCCUCUCCAACAUUGAUGGUGACAAAUGAAUCCUUUGUUCCAAUGUUGUCUAGACUAGAUGAAUGCAUUCUUUAUCUGAAGAAUAAUCCAAAUUACAAGGAGUCCCAGACAUACCUGGCGAGACUAAACCAGUGUUUAUCUCGAGCUCUGAAUCUCAUGAAGUCACAUGUCAUCAACAUUCUUCAAUCUGCAACCAGACAAGUGCAGGAGAAAAAGGAUACUACCCAGCUUGGUGACAAUGCAUUUACUUUGUUUUAUGGAAAAUUUCGAGCUAAUGCACCUCGAGUAAAAGCUCUUGUAGAACAGUUAGAAAUUCGGUUGGAUAAAAGUCCUGAAUAUAAUCAGGCACUAGUGGACUGCCAGCAGUGUUACUUCACUCAGCGAGAACAGCUCCUAGGACCCAGCAUUAGUUCUACUAUUAAUGACCUGGCUACAAAACAUGCUCGAGAUCACUGUGCUCUGAUGAGAAGUGGCUGUGCCUUUAUGGUCCAUGUCUGUGAGGAUGAGUACCAGCUGUACUAUAAUUUCUUCACAAGGCACUCUCCUCUUCUGGACGAAAUGUUGGAAAGACUGUGCAACAACCUUUACGAUGUCUUUCGGCCACUGAUCAUUCACGUCAACCAUCUAGAAACCUUAGCUGAACUGUGUUCCAUUAUGAAAGUUGAAAUGUUGGAAGAGCAUGCACAAGCAUAUGCUCAAGAAUUGUCAUCAUUUGGUAAUGUCUGUCGUCAGAUGUUGAUGGACAUGCAGGAGCGCCUUGUGUACAGAACUUAUAUUUACAUACGCUCCGACAUCCUGCAGUAUUCUGCUGCACAAGGAGACCUAGCUUACCCUGAAAAGCUGGAGAUGAUGCAGAGUAUUGCUGAGAGCAUUAAAGCAGGGGAGACUAAGGGACACACCCGAACUCCUUCCUCUUCCUCUCUAAAGGGUCACUCCAGGUCCCCCUCCAAUGCAUCGAGCACCAGUCAAGAGGUGGCUGAACUUACUGAAGCAGGAAAAAAUCAGGCAGACCCAGCAGAAAUGAAGAGUCUCACUAGUACAAUGCCAAUGUCUCCAGCUGACCUCCAUGGAAUGUGGUAUCCCACAGUGAGGAGAACACUGGUCACUCUGUCCAAACUGUACAGGUGUAUUGAUAAAACCACAUUUCAAGGACUCUCCCAGGAAGCCCUGCAGUCUUGCAUCCAGUCCCUAAAAAUAGCGAAGGAAGGAAUUACCAAGAGGAAGACACUAAUGGAUGGACAGCUAUUUCUGAUAAAACACCUGUUGAUUCUUCGAGAACAGAUAGCUCCAUUCCAAACAGAUUUCUCUAUUCGAGAAACAUCACUGGACUUUAGCAAAUUAAAAGACUUUGGCAAAAUGAAAGAUGCUGCAAAAGGCUUGAUUCAGAACAGUUCAAAGAUGUUCACAUUUAACAGUAACAACUCACUGCUGCACUUUAUAUUAGAGGGUACCCCUCAUGUAAUGGAGCAUUUUGUGGAUUCCAAGAAAGAUGUGGAUUAUGAACUGAAAAUUACAUGUGAAGAGUUUAUUCAUCACAUGUCAGAUACAUUUACAGAACCACUUAAAACAUUCCUAUCAAGGGCAUCUGUUGUAAUAAAUAUGAAACAGGAAGAGGGAAUCAAAAGCGUAACUCUACGGCAACAACCAUUUGCAACACCAGAAAAAUUACAUGAUGUUGUAUCAGAGACAUACAAAAACAUUAAGUCCCGUCUGCCCACCAUACAUAAAAGCAUGCAGCUGUAUCUUGCUAACAGAGAUACAGAAACCAUUCUCUUUAAGCCAAUCAAGGUAAACAUUCAGCAAGCAUUCCAGCAAUUGUCCCAGAUUUUGUCAGAAAAUUACACAGAAGAAGAUAAACAGAUUGUGGCCAAUCCUAGCCCAGAACAGAUAAACUUGCUGAUAUCAACUUCCAUGCGAUAGUCCUUCAUAACCAGCAACGCAAGUCUUUUUAUGGAAACAAUGUUACCUGAUCAUAAUUUCAUUUGUUGGAUAUAAUAUUGGUGUUAGUAAUUCAAUUACAGAAUAUUAAUGUAUUGAAGGAAUAUUUAUGUGUAUAGAAACAGAUGACAACAGUUUUAAAUGUAUGAUUAAAAUAUAUUCUUUGUUAUUGAUUAAAUUAAUGCUGAUAGAAUACUGAAAUAAAGAUAAUCAUUUAAA